AUGUCCAACCAAGGCCGAAAGUGCGAAUAUGAGGAGAGGGAGAGGUGCCGAUCCGUGAGCUCAAACGAGCCGGAUCUUGAAAGACUUCGAACCAAAGGCGGCCAUAUUGACAAUCGUGAUCAGCCUUCGCUACCUAUUGUUCAUCGAAGCUUUGCAAAUCCUGCACCCUUAGGCCUUCUAUCUUUUGCCACAGGAGUAUUUCUACUCUCAAUGCUUGGUGUCCAUGCACGCGGCAUUGUGGAAAAGAAUAUCUUGGUGGGAGUUUUUGUAUUCUUUGGUGGAGUAUGCCAGUUUAUUUCUGGAAUCAUGGAGUUUGUUGCCGGAAACACGUUUGGAGCUACAGUCUUCCCAGCAUAUGCGGCUUUGAGCCUGAGCUUCGCACUCAUCUUUAUUCCAGGAUCAGGCAUUAUUGAUGCGUACAGUGAUGCCGAGGGACAUCUCCUUCCCGAAUUCAGUCAGGCGCUCUCCUUGUAUCUAUGGAGCUGGCUCAUACUGAACGCCAUAUUCACCGUCGCAUCCAUUAGAAGCUCUUGGCCAUUAUUCAUGGCCCUUUUACUUUUCAAUGUCGAAUUGACACUCCUCGCCACAGGCUACAUGGUUGGCAAUGAGACUUUAUUAGUAGCUGGAAAUUCCGUUGGUUUCCCGGUGGCAUUGUGCGCCUAUUGGUCUGGGUGUGCAGGAUUGUGGUCAGGAGGCAUAACUCCAUUUACACUUCCAACGUUCCCUAUGUACACAUAUGUCUGA